CUUAUAAAUUUAUACUCGAAACAAUCUCAAAUUAAAGAGACCAAUUAGUAAAAUGCCAUCGCCUAAAAAAUCACACUCUCCUAUUAAUGUUCCCUCGAUAUUAUUAACAGAAGAAGAAAACUUGAAAUUAUUUAAGAUAAUGGGAAGAAGAUGUUCAACACAAGCAACUGCUGUUGUGCAAGUUUUUCUAGCUGAGCCACCUUUAUAUAAUGGAUGGAUUAAAAAAUGUUGUGGAAUUGCAUGUUUUGUAAAAGACAAUAGCAGAAGAUCUUACUUUAUUCGAAUUUAUGAUCUAAAAAAUCAAAUGGCUGUUUGGGAACAAGAACUUUAUAUUCAAUUCAAAUAUUAUACACCUCUACCAUUUUUUCACACUUUUGAUACAGAUCUGUGCCCAGCUGCACUUAACUUUGCAGAUCAAAGGGAAGCUCAAAGAUUUCAGCAAGCUAUUGAUAAUAAGCUAAGACAAAGACAAAUGAAACAAAUUUCAAAUUCACAAAUUGAAAGAAGUGGAUCCAUUAACCAUAUCAUUACACCCAGGCAUGACUUAGCCAAUAAUAACAUUAUUCCCUUGAUAAAUUCCUCUGCCAUAAACCGUUCAAGUUCGUGCGUCGCCCAAGGGAAAAUUCCUAAAUUGAGAAAGAAAGAGGUCAAGAAGAGUAUGAGACUGCGAAAAACCGACAUUGGCCAACCUACGAAUUUUCAGCACAUACAGCAUGUUGGCUGGGAUCCUAACAAAGGCUUAGAAACCGAAAAACUAGAUCCGGUACUCAAGGAUUUGUUUUACAAAGCUGGCGUAACGGAAAAAGAUUUACAGGACAAGGAAACGGCCGAAUUUAUUUACGAUUUUAUCGAUAGACAAGGCGGUGUGGAGGCCAUACUCUCAAACAACAAUUACAAUUCACCAAACUCCUUUGAUAAUCAUUCCACGAUCUCAAAUCGUCCUCCACAAUUGCCUCAUAUACCCCAAAAUCGUGUUCCUGCUCAACCCUUUAUCCAACCCUGUAAUGGGUUCAACAACCAGAAUCUCCCAAAUAACUUCUCUAACAACCAUUUCAACCCUCCUUUCAACAGCAAUGUAAAUAUGGGUGGUAAUACAUCUUCUCGUUACAACUCUGCGUUACCCCCACCUCCAAUACCAUCCAGGAAUAUAUAUCCGAAUCACAACUCUCAGAUUGGGACCUUAGGCAAAGGCCCACCCCCUCCUCCACCCCCUCCACUAUCUAACCUUCCUACUUCGACACCCACAGGUUUAUCAUCAUCGCUUGGCAACAAAGGUGAUUCCGAUUUUUUUAGAUCUUUUGACCAAAACGUUUGCAACAAUAGCCUAUAUAGAAACGAUGAACGGACAGCGGCGUUCAACUUGCAUAAUGCUUAUAAUCCAUCUAAUAAUAACAUUGUUCAACCAGUUCAUCCCAAGUUUUCAAUGCCUAAUACUAGCAAUACGGCUAAUAAGCUUCCCAAUGUUAUUCCGAAUUCACAAAUAAUCAGUAGCAGCAUUAUUAACACCAAUAAUGCUAAAACACAAGGACUACCACCGCCCCCACCCCCUCUCCCCACGCCUGCAAAAAAUGAUAUAGUUAAAAGCAAAAGUCCCCCGAAUUUGGAUACAAAUAGCAAAAAUAUUACAUCGAAUGAAGAUAAAAAUCGUUGUGAUAACAAAAUCUCAAAGAAUGGCCCAAAAGUUGUGGAGGAUCGUUCUUUACUCAUGGACCAGAUUAAGGGAGGAAUUCGAUUAAAACAUAUCGAUUCACUUCCUCCACCCACAACUCGCCCCACUAAUUCAUCAUCUGUGCACUCCCACACACUCCAAAAUCGCAAAUUACCGCCUAGAAGUGAUAUGCUAUCAAAAAUCAAUGAUAAAAAUAAUGGUCACUGUAUAAAGGAGGACAAAGCACAAGAUAAUCAACCUUUGGAUGGUGUAGCAGGUGCACUAGCAAGGGCUCUUCAGCAGAGGGCCAAAGUUAUACAAUCAACAUCAGAUUCAAGUGAAAAUGAAGAUUUUGAAGAUGAAGAUGAAUGGGAGGAGGAAUAAUUUUUAACACUUAUUUUUUUGUCUUAAUACUGUAAAUAGUUUUUACCAAAUAAUCGCACACCAUUUAUAUUAUUGAUAUUUGACAUUUAUAUGUUAUAAUAAGAUUGCCAUUAAUAGAAAAUGUAAUAAUUAUUUAUUCAUUAUAAAAUAAAUAUAAUAAAUUUAUAUUUAAGGUUGUGUCCAAAACCUAUUUAAAAACUUUAAGGGAACAUAAAAGGCUUAUUUUGUGUUUUUCUAUAAAAUUUCGAAGUUGUCAAAUUUAAUUUUUUAUUCUGGACACAGCCUAAAAAAAACUAUGGUGGUAUAAAUUUAUAAAAUUUCUUUUUAAUUAAUUUAUUUUUUAAUAAAUAAUUUUUAAACCAACUAAUCUAAUUCAAAGUAUUAAAAAAGGUUAUCUCAUUAAACUUUUAUUUAUUUAAUUUUUAAUUGAAAUUAUAUAUUAAAUAAUUUUUACACUUAUGUUUUAUUACAAAUUACA